AUGACUCGUUCUUACGAUGGCACGCCCAAGCCAGUUGGUUCUUAUCCCGAUAAUGGGAUCAACGUCCUGAUUGUCGGAACUGGUCUUGCCGGCCUCACUGCCGCCUUGGAAUGCGUCAGAAAAGGGUGCCGGGUACAAGUCCUUGAGAGAUAUGAUGACAUCAAUACAGCAGGUGAUAUGUACUUCAUGGGUCUUUCGGCGACAAAGUUUUUUAAACAUUGGCCUGAAAUGGCUGAGCAGUACAAGAAGAUCUCGAUGGCCAACAUGUGGAUCGAGACAUACACCCACGAUGGCAAACUGAUGGUCCCCCCCCAGCUUGCCCGUGACCGUCUACGUGAUGAAGACGUUGACCCAAGCAUGCCUCCUGGAGUUUUCCAACUCCGGCCCCUGGUUUACAGGAUGUAUGUGGACCAGAUCAAGAAGCUAGGAGUGCCGAUUCAUUUCGGCAAUCGUGUUGUGGACUAUUACGAGAAUGAGUCUAAGGGUGUUGGCGGGGUCAUCACCGACAAGGGCAAAAAGUUCGAGGCCGAUAUUGUCAUAGCCGCCGAUGGUAUUGGCUCCAAAAGUCAGCGGCUUCUCGGUGGUCAGGUCAGAGCUGUGUCCACAGAACGCGCAAUGUGGCGAGCUGCGUUUCCUGUGAGCUACCUGAACAAGAACCCCGAGGUUAAGGAAUUCUUCAGGAUGCAUGAGACUGAAGAUGGCCGUCGUGAACCAAUCAUUCGGACAUGGCUUGGUCCGGGUACCUACGCUCUCACUUUGACGCGUCACGACGUCAUGAUUUGGGUGGUCAACUGUCAGUCGAACGAGAAUUCACAGGAAGAAUGGUCAAACAAGGCGAACUCCGAAGAGGUUGUUGAGAUCAUCAACCGGCAUGUGGGCGAAGUGAAGUGGGCUCCGAUCUUCAAGGAGCUAAUCAGGCUGACACCUGCUGAUUGCAUCAUCAACUUCAAGCUCUUCUGGCGGGACCCCCAGCCAAAAUGGGCCUCUCCGGGAGGGCGCGUUGUCAAUAUUGGCGACGCGGCCCAUACCUUUCUUCCUGCUUCAAGCAAUGGGGCAACGCAAGCCAUCGAAGAUGCCGUCUCGCUGGCCAGCUGCCUUCAGAUAGCCGGUCGAGACAACAUUCGUGAGGCCGUGCAUGCUCAUGUCCGCAUGCGCUUUAUCCGCACAGCUUGUGCCCAGCGCCUUGGCUUCUACAAUGCUCAUCGCUUGCAAGAGACCCAGUGGGGGAAAGUCAAGAAUGAACCCAAGCUGGCACAGCCUAAACUUCCUCGGUGGGUGUGGGAACAUGAUCCCGAGGAAUACACAUAUCGGGUCUAUGAUCGCAUCGUCCAAAGCAUGCGUCAGGGUGUGCCGCUUGAGGAGGACGACAGCAUUCCCCCGAACUAUCCUCCGGGCUACAAGUACAAACCUUGGUCAUUGGCAGAUGCGGUGCCCACCAUGGGCCGCGGUGAGAACAUUGAUCUUGGAGGGGGGAACUGGGACUAA